AUGGCGACCUCCUUCCAAGCUCAUGUCCAUAAUUCGUUUGAGUCCCCUACUUCUCUCACGCAUACCAGGUGGGUUCCUGGUAUUCCAGACGUGAAUGGUGCUUCUACCAUCUCCUCCUCCUUUCGUUCAAGGACAACCUCUAGUGAAACAAGCACCGCCCUGCAUGACCUCUCCCGUACUAUAGAGUACCGAAAAUCCCACAUCAUGGACCCUUCCAGCGUCAACAGCGCCAGCCAUGAGAGGAUCCUGGACUGGAUCCGCUCAGAGCGCAUGCGCAAGUUGCCCCCUGAGGGCAGCAGCUAUGACAAAGUCCUUGUGCGAGCAAGGCUUUUCGUCGAGCGACUCCAUUCCUUUGAGUUAGGGAUCCAGCCGUUUGCUGGUGACAGCCAGACCGCGACGCAGCUGGCUUAUAUCUAUUGCGCCACGCUCCUCGGGCUAGGCGAGGAGAACAGUGAAGCGCUGAUGGACCUGUUUAAUUUCUUCUAUCGAUGCUCAACAGAUCUACACCACCUCAUGGGCCGCGCGGAAUUGUUCCCUGUCUCUCGCAGCAUCAGAGACCAGGUUACCCUUGCUGUUGGCGAUCUGGUGACGUUGGUUGUGGAGAUUGCGUCCCAUUUCCAAAAGUCUCUCACGGAUAUCACAUCUGGGUCUGUUGCGAUUGAUAUUCACAACACCUUCUCUGAGCUUAUUGAGAGCUUUCAGGCUCGUUGUGAAGACGUGGCUGAGCUGAUGUGGCAGCACCAGGUCUCCCAGGAGGGCCUCGGACAUCAAGUGACCGAUGUCAAGACGCUCAGAGAGUGGCUCCAGCCCGAGGAUACCGUGCUCGAGCAUAUCACAAAGUAUACAUCGCAAUUCGCCCAAGACCGCGAAGAGUCAACAUGUCUCUGGGUGGCGCCGCAUCUGACGCGGUUCAUGAAAGGUGACCAGAAAACACUAGCCAUCACUGGUAGACCAGGCUCGGGGAAGUCCAUUCUUGCAACAGUAAUCAAUGACCACCUCCAGAGCCCUAUUGGGGGUGUCUCGUACCAGUCUAUCUUUGUCCCAAUCAAUGGCCGAAUCCCUGCCCUGACAACUCCCCAGGCUGUUGCCAAAACUAUUCUCUCUGAACUGUUCGCAGUCAGGGUUGGAAACGUCGGCCUUUACAAAUCCCUCUCAGACACUUAUCAGCGCUGCACAAAGACCGUCAAUGACGAAGAGUACGCGGACUUGCUCUGGGCUGCUGUGAAGAGCGGUCUUCAUUCCACCAUGCAGGGCUCCAAGCCGACUGUGCUCAUUGUCGACGGAACAGACGAGUCUACCUGUGGACAGGAUGUUCUGCUCAAAGGCCUUAGGGGUGCAAGCUCCGAUGUUGAGAAUCUGAAGCUGAUUGUGACCGGAUCUGAGAAGCACGAUGUCUUCCCUAAACAGUCCACUGUUAAUAUAACCCCAGACCUCAUCUCGGAUGACGUUGCUGCGGUGGUCCGGACUGUUUUCCAUCACUCUCCGUCCUACAACUCGCUCAGCGCAGAGGACCAGGAGGUCUGCGUGCACCGGAUGGUGAAGGCUGCAGAGGGCUCAUUCCUUUGGGCCAAACUCGCGUCUAAACGAAUCCGGGACGACGACACGUCCAAGACUCGGUCCUUGGUGAAGGAUAUCGGCAGCUUUGUCAAGGCAAACCAUAGUGUUGGCAACUUGGUGUAUCAGACGCUGAAAUCCAAUGCAUCUCAAGCUGGAGUGAAGAUAGUUGCCUGGCUUGCUACCGCUGCACGACCCUUGACGGUCUCAGAGCUGUCGAGUCUUCUUUCGAUUCAGCCAGACAAGGGCGCCAUUGUUGAACAAAAGGUCGCACCCCUUAACCUCCUAAAGCCCUUCGCGCCCCUCGUCUUCUAUCAGAACAAUAUGGUGUAUCUGCGGCAUGGCCAAUUUCGCAGUGCUAUCUGCAACAUCAUCAGCAACGACAAGUCUAUUCCAGCGAUCAAGGACACGCAGCUUGACUUGAUUCGCAGGAUGGCAAUCUACAUCAAGCACACCGUCACAGGAAAGGAGGAGCCCUCGCUGGAUACCCCAGAUCCUCAGCAGGCUCAAGUCCUCCUGGAAAAGCACCCUCUGCUGGACUUUUCCCUGCGAUACUGGCUGGGCCAUACCAGAAUAGCUUUUGGUUGUGACACAGACCAGGAAAUAUCCAAAGCCGGGCAGGCCUUGAGCCAGGUCUUCCCGACCAGUCCCUUGGUGCCUAUGCUCGAAAUGACAGUGUGGAAGAGAAAGCCAACCCCGUCGCUGCUGUCGUUGCAUACCACGCAGGGUCAUUUGUACCAGAAGGUCCUGGGAGCGAAGGACCCUGCUACCCUGCAGGCAACCCUGUGCCAGGCGCUCUUUUUCCAGACAGUGCAGGAUGUACAGCCGGUGCAGGCGAGCGAGGUAUUCUACAAUGCUGCAAAGAUCUGCCAGGCGGUUCUCACGGUGCACCAUCUCAUUACGAUGCGCAUGACGAAGCACUUCCUCGACUUUACUGAGAAGAAGACCACGAUGAGCAAGUCUGAGAUUAUGACAAAGAGGACUGAGAUGCUUCAAGUCCUGGUUGAAUGUUACAAAGUCCACUAUGGCGGUUCGAGCGAGAUGGUCAUGUCGACCCUAUCGCAGCUUUCAGAGCACUACCAAGCAAUCGGUCAAACGCACAAGGCCCAGGAAAUCACAACCCUGAUCCAGGGCAGCACCAGCGAGUCACAGCAGGAAACAACAAACACUCGCAGGCCUUCGGAGCAGUCCCUGGUUGUUCAGCUUCAUGGGCGGAAGGACUCUGUGGAGCAUGGCACUGUCUUGACUCUGGAUGAGACUUUCCAGGACGACAUUGCCAUUACCACAACGUUCAACCUGCAGUCGCUUCUCUCAAAGGCUGAAAAGGAGAUCCGCGAGGGCAAGAUAACGGCUGCAGAACAGACUUAUGUAGACAUCUGGCAGCAGACCAGUAAGGACAACCGAGUGCAUAAUUCUAUCGAGUCAGAGCUGCGCAAUAUCAAAGCCAUCAUGGCGUACUCUGACUUCCUCAAGUCUCAAAGGAGAGACAGCGAGGUGGCCUCGGUACUUUCUAGCUUCUGGGAAGAACAUGGGCAGACAAUGUCGAGCUCCCAGGAAGUGGUCUCGCAGUUCACUGGCAUUGCAAAGCGGAUGAGGUCCGUCGGGCUGUCCUCGCAGGCCUUGAGUGUGUUGAAGCAAUGCUCGCACCAUACCAGUCGCGAAGACCACCUGCACAAGGAGAUCCAGGAGACCAUUGUAUCCACGUCCACAGAGGUCCUCCAGGGGUCUACUUCGGCCAUGACGGAGUCGGAUCUCCAGGAAAUGGCCAACAGUGGCUCCGAUCUCUCUGCUACAGCUAUUGACAAACUGGUCAAGUUGUACAUGUCACAGCACCGAUGGAAGGAUGCCACAAGGACACUGAAACAGGCAUUGCAAGGCGCCUGGCCGUCUUUCUUUGUGCGCUCCGUCAAUGAUGUGGCUUUCCCACGCAGCAACGUGCAGUAUUCUAUUGACUUGGCUCAACGAUUGAGACUCUGCUACCGUUACAGACGCAAUCCAGCAAAGGAAGAGGAUAUCUGCCUCCGGCUGUACCAUGCAGUCCAGCGUGAUCGCAAGGUCGGCGGCAAUGAGCUGUUCGACGGCAUUACAAGGGGGCUUGUCAAUCUCUACGAGCGCAGUCGCCAGACGGACAAGCUUGUUUCCAUCCACAAUGAUAUCCUGAAGGACUACACGAGCCGCUUCGGAGACGGCCAUCCAGCUGUACUUAAACAGCUCUGGACGUUGGCUGAUCUGACCCGCCCGGGAACUGUCUGUGUGGACUAUUACCAGCGCAUCUUCGACAUCCUGAACAAGAACUCGGAUACUUGCACGCCAGAAGCGUUUGAGCCCCUGGUUAUACUCACGACAGAGCUUGUCAACCAAAAGCGCUACAAGGCUGCACUCCAGCCCGGCAGCAUUCUGUUCAAGACCCUCCACCAUCCCAACAUCAACCCCAGGCUGCGCAAUGACAAGUUCGUCAAAUCGGUGUACGAGCGCUAUAUCCACUGCCUGCAUAUGACCAAUGCCGAGUUCCGUGUUAUCCACGAUGUGACUGCGGAGUAUCGAAAGGCUUGUCUGGCUGUGUUUGGCACCAAGGCGGUUAUUACAAUCGAAGCAACCAAGACACUGGCGCAUAUCUCCCAGACGUCCAAGGAAUACGAGGCUGAGGCAGUGAAGCUGUACAAGGAGCUCCUCCAGAUGCAUUCGGAAGAGACAGACAUUGAUUACGAAGAUAUUAGAGCAACCAUCGACGGAAUUUCUGAAGAGCGAGAAGAUCAGUCGAAGACGGACCACACCUCUCAAGGAAAACGCCCAACCGUCACCACUACUCAGCAAACCCUGACCACUACGCUGGCAACGUAUGGAUGGACCCACGAGGCUUCUCUGUCUCAGAUGGAGAGCUUGGUGUCGCUGUAUGCUCAGCAGAACAAUAUUCAAAGCGCAACAGUACUCCUCCACGACGCUGCUAGUCAUAUCCUCAAAUCAGACAGCUCGUCUGCCGAAAUUAUUAGGGCUGCUAAGAGCAUUGCUAUCGGAUAUAGAAAUAUAGGACAAAUCCAACGCGCAAGAGAGUUGGCCCAGGAAAUCCACCGCCAGGUCAUCACGGGAAGCACGUCGGCCAAGUAUCGCAUAACUUCUAGCAAGCACCAGAGCCUGCUCUUCCUCGCGCAGCUUGAAUACAGUCUCCGCGACGGAAGAGAGCUGUCGCUUACCAUGAACGAGAUUUAUUCUUCGCUGAUGGCGGAGUCUGUCUACUUUGAGCGAUUCCACGCAGAAGCUCGAUCGAAAUCGACCAGUCUCCAGGGAAUCCUGCCUACUGUUUCUCAUCUGGAGGAGCUUUUUAAUCUGCGGGGUGAUGUUCCUAGCUCACAGUUGCUGAUGGAGCGAUUCACGGACUUCUUCAUGUCGCGCGAGGGCGAAGUCCUCGAUCUCAACCGACGACAGGCCACCGUCUUCCUGUCCACAAUUCUCGAGCAUUUCCGCACACACUCGUCGCAGAACUUCCUGCGGUCUGUAGCCCUUGCCUCUCACGAUGGAGUGGUGCAUCGCCUUUCGAUAAACGAGCACCAGGCGGCAGCGGAUCUCGCGCUGGCGUCGUUCAGAUACAUCCAGGCCCACGACGGGUUCGCGACCAUGACCACCAUGAAGCUCGUCUUCAAGAUGGGUCUCGCGAUCUCAGCAUGGGUUGUCCAGCCACAGUCCGGGUCUCGGUUCGAACAGGAUCUGAUCAAUAUAUCGGAGACGAUCUGCAAGGAGAUGCUCCGGCACUGCAAGGGGAAGAACAUCGACCUCAGCCAGCUGGACGCUGUGCAUCUUAACAAUCUUAUCAAGGUCCUCGAUAAGCAGAAGGAUUACCGCAGUCUCUCGUGGCUGCUUACCUCGUUGUGGACGAAGCGUCAGAUUUCGUCCCCGCCCCAGGCGAAUGGAGGAUACACGCUCGCGCUGGGCCGCAUGCUCGUGGUUACCAGGUACUUGGUGGGCGAGUAUACCUCUGCCAUCCGGUUGGCUGAGGAUAUUGUAUACAACUGUGCACGGGUUCAUGGGCCGACGCAUCCCAGUACUGUGGAGAUGAGCGUCCUCCUGUCGCAGAUGUAUACUAGCACUGCCCAGGGCUACCAGAACAAGGAGGACCAGCGCGAGCUGGCAUACCAGUACUAUAAGAAGGCUGCUGGAUUGCAUGAGAAUUCCCUGCGGGCCCUGGUCGAUCCCAGCUCUGCGAGCAUCGCAGGCACAGAUGGGUCUCCUAGCCCGUCAAGCUCUGAGCCAUCCAGUCCUGGAGGGGAGAGUGGCGCUGAGUCCUCAGGAAAACGGGCCAGGAAGCACCUGCAUCUCCUUAAACUUGCAAUCGAGAGGCUGGGCAACUGGCCCAAGGAUUAUAAGGAGUACGAGCAGUUGAACUCGGAUCUGUUUACGGCGUUCGGCAACGACCUGAAGGGUGUCGAAGGGGUGGAUAAGUGGAAUCUCAAGCAGUUUGGCUCUGGGCGUGCAGAGGCCAGUGAUGACUUGAUUGCUUUGAAGUCGUAUCCCAGAUUGGAUUUGAAUUCUUUGGCUAUUACGGUUUAG